UUUAAGUAUCGGUUGGCACAAAAUUGUCUCAUUCACACGUCGCGUACCGCAAAGUUAACAACUCAACGCAUACUCAUUAUAAUGGCAUCCAAAUUCAAGACAGAAAAGGUCGCGAUUGUGGGAAGUGGCCUGAUUGGGAGAUCAUGGGCGAUGCUUUUCGCGUCUGUCGGCUACCAGGUCACGAUAUUCGAUGUGGUGCAGAAACAAAUUACCGACGCCCUGGAUGAUAUUAAAGCCCAGCUGAAAACGCUAGAAAAAGAUGGUCUAUUGCGGGGAAGUCUCAACGCCGAUCAGCAGUUCCAGUGUGUUAAAGGAUCCAAUGACUUAGCAACUGCUGUCAAAGACGCUAUAUUCGUUCAGGAAUGCGUGCCAGAAAGCUUAGACUUGAAGAGGAAGGUUUUCGAUAAUUUGGACAAAGUGGUCGGUGAUAAUACCAUUCUGUCUAGCUCUACGAGCACCACUUUGCCGUCGUUAUUUUCCAAAGACAUGAAGCACAAGUCGCAGGUGAUUGUGUCCCAUCCCGUAAACCCCCCUUAUUACGUCCCACUUGUAGAGAUCGUACCUGCUCCAUGGACAAAGCCUGAGGUCGCGAAGAAGACCAGAGAGAUCAUGGAAGAGAUUGGACAAGUCCCAGUCCUUUCUAAGGAAAUCGAUGGUUUUGUCCUCAAUCGUAUCCAAUAUGCAAUUCUUGAUGAAGUGUGGCGUUUGGUUGACGACAAGAUCGUCGAUGUGGCAGAUAUAGACAAGGUGAUGUCUGAAGGACUUGGUAUGCGGUACGCCUUUCUGGCACUAGAAACUGCUCAUCUAAAUGCUGAAGGAAUGAGGAGUUACAUUGACAGGUAUGGAGAGACUAUUUACAACGUAAGCAAUACUAUGGGAGAAAUACCACGCAUGACUACGAGCAGAAGUAAGGACGACAUCUGCGACCAACUAGAAAAAAUGGUGCCUGCGAGCAAACUGCAGGAUCGCAGGAAUUGGCGCGACGCGUGCCUCACUCGCCUUUCCAUCCUCAAAAAAGAAAUGGAACAAAAAUACAACAAGAAUUAAUAUAGACUAAUCAUGUUAUUAUAAAUUAAUAUAUUUAGUUAUUUAAGUUUUACCAGUU